AGCGAGCCUCGUUUGAAGAAAUUCUAGUAGAUCGUUCAUUAGUUCCCUAUACGAAACACAAAGUUAUGUUUUCCCUUGGGCUGAUGUUACUGAGGAUAACGAUACUCGAGUAAUGGCAACCUAAAACUAGAACUCGUGGACCCUUUCACCAACCCACGUGAAUUAAGGGCAGGCGACCACAACGCUAUAUCAACCCAAAAACAUUCCUAUCGUAUCAUAUUUGCCAACCACAAAGUUCCUAUACUCUGCUCAAACCCGUCCUAUGCAGGGUGAACAAUUGCUAUAUGCAAACACAUCAAUUUGGCAGACUAAACAUUAGGCAACCAUCAAAGAUCGAUUAUCAACACAUCAGACCCAUACAAAAUAGAUAAACGGGGACUCUUCAAGAUUAUCUUAAAAUGCCAGACCCUUUCUCGACAGGAUGGACGUUUACUCGGCCUAUACCUCAAAAACGCUUAUUCGCAGAUUUCGAGGAGUGUGAUCCCUCUUUACAACGGCCUGGCGCGACGAAGCGACUCCGAGCUGAGAAAGAAGAAGCAGAACAGGAGGUCAAGGUAUGUCAAAAACCCCUCAUACCAGUCAGCGCGUAAUGACCAAAUUUGCGCAGACUAUACAACAACAACCAAAGCCUCUUCCUCCGAAGCAUUCACGCGCAUUAUUUCUCGAAGACACAGUGAACCUUCUCCCUUCGAGUUUUGCUCCAAUAUAUUGUCCUGAGUCUGUCAAAAGUUCUGUUACCCAGUGGGUCAAGUCUGUUUCAGGAUCAGGGUCGGAAUUAUACAGAGAAAGACACUGCCGGUCAGAUACUCUUCUUGGUCACUCGAACUGCGAUAUUAUACCUAGGAGAUUUACAAAAUCGGCGUCGAAUAUGGAGUACAGACGGGAUUCCGAAGGAUUUGCUUUGCCAUCAGCACCCGCUUCCGCCAAAUCAUUUUUGAACAAUGCAAACCUGGCGAACGGUUCACUACCGUUGGGAUAUGGACCAUCAGCCGUACCAUCACAUAGUGGUAUCUCGUCUACCUCAGGUCGAAAGAAUCUUAUUUCGAGUCCCCAAUACCGGAUUCAUAACUUGCUGGAGAAUAAUAUCUUCAUACGUUCAUUCUACGAAGAAUUUCCGCCAGACAUUGCUGAACUUGUUGAUCUCGUAAGCAAGGAUUGUGAUUCACCUCAUCUACCGUCAGGUCAGAUCAAACAUAAUACACAUUUGGAAAUGCUUGAAAUGCUUGAAAUGGGUGCCUCAGAACCAGAUGUGGAAGAGUACUUCCGUACUUACGUCUUUCCUGUUCCUGCCCCAACAGACGGUUUACAACGAACAGUGAGAAAUCCAAUGGCAAGGCAUGCUGUUCCGUGUUCCGAGUCCAUAGCCAGGGUUAGCACUCCCGUACCUGAUAUGCUUUAUGGAUACAAGAAAUUCGAAUCAUUUCCUCGGCAACAAACCCAACUUUCUUUUUUCGGGGAUGGAAUCAUAGCCAACAGUCAAAACCUUAUGUUUCCGUUCUUUAUCGUUGAGUUCAAGUGUGAUGGUCCUAGUGGGUGUGGAAGUAUGUGGAUGGCGACGAAUCAGUGCGUUGGAGGCUCUGCAUCAUGCGUCAACAUCGCAGAACGCCUCAGCAGGCAGCGUGGGGGCAAGGUCCGGGUUAGUGAUAGUGCUGCAUUCAGCAUCGCCAUGAAUGGCACGGAGGCGCGACUUUUCAUAACCUGGAAACAUGAUGAGCUCAAAUACUAUAUGCGAAAGGUUAGGAGUUUUUUGCUUCAGGACCCAGAACAUUAUGCACAAUUCCUCAAAUAUGUUCUGAAGAUCAUCGACUGGGGUAUGGGCGAGCGCUUGAAAGGAACUCAAAAAUCAUUGGACGCCUUCCUCGAGGAAGAAAGAAAGAUAGCUUCCCAGCAGGCAAAGGCUCGCCCACCGCCUCCGUCGGAUGAGCCCACAAGUAGCAGUCGCCAGAAAAGCAAAGCAUCACCAUUUCCCGGACCCAAUGGCCAAGUCAAUACUGGACAAGUAGACGGCAUUGGUGGAUUAACUGGGCCAUAUUGGACAUUGGCUGCUGCAUCCAACCGAUAUUUCCACGUCGACGAGAACGGUAAUAUCACCUGGAGGGACGAUGAAGAUGAGUCAUCCUCAGCGCAGUAGUAGAGAAGAAUGACCACCGGAAAAUCAAUGUCCCUUUUUCCAAUCGUCAAAUCAUGCGUCCAUGGGUUUCGCCCAAAGGAUCGGGCCGCAUCUUGAAAGCUACCUAUAUAUGGAGGACUUUCAUCUCUGUGCUGAAGUUGUCUCCCUUCGAUACUACGUCAUUUGAGGAUCGGUGUUGAUUUUAGUACGGUCUUGAAAAGCUUGGUGGAGAGAAGAAUACAACAGCAAAGCAUUAACUCUAGGAAGGGUCUAGCAUUUCUUAUGUAGUUGUUUUCUAUUGUAGGGCGCUCAUCUCAUAGUCUUCUCGCGAUUCAAAGAGGGAGUUCCUGUGAGGUUCUAUACUAUUUCUGUCUUUAGAGCAUUUUCAAGAGUGAAGUUCAAUUAGUGGUGUUCAUUGUAUGACAGCGCUGGAUUUUAAAAAUAAAUGUUUCAAGGAGAUUCCCAGAAAGCUUCAAGCAUUUAAUUGCUACAUAACGUCAAAACAAGUAUAUUAUUACUUAUAGACUUGAUUUGCAGUGGUACGAUGUCUCUAUAAGAUCGCCUUGAGGGAUAUAU